AUGAUAACAGAUAUUACUGGAUUAAUGAUAAAUGCAAGCAAACUAAACAUGAGAUUGAUUAAGGUUUAAAAAGAUCAUUUAAAUAAUUAAGAUUAACAGGUUGAAACUUUCAUAAAAUUCAAAAACAUUUCUUUGGAAUAGAUAAAGCUAUAUGAUGGUACCAAUUUGAUUCAGUUUGAUGCACCAAAUACUUAAGUUUUCAUUGAAGACGUUAUUCUUUAAUCCAUUGAAAUUAAUGAAGGGGCAUUUAAGACUGCGUUUAUUGAAAUAAAAGCGCUUAAAUCUUUGCAUAUAUAAAACCUUAGAAGUUAUAAUAUGAUUUAAAAUUCAAAGAUAGAUAUUGAAAAUGCUGCAGCUUUGAUCUUUGGUGAUUAACUAUAAAAUGAUUUUAGUUUGACUGUUGUAAAUGCGGAUAUUAAAUUGAUGGAGGAAGAUCCUAUAGAGCCAUAGGUGUAUCUCUAUCCUUUGUUUUUUCUUACAAGUUUGAAUAAUACUAUCAGUGUCAAUUUACAAAAUAGCAGUUUCUAAAAUUAAGUGAGCACUAAAUCAGCAAUUUUACACCUUUAAUCGGAAUAUAUGAGCAUUCUAAAUAUUUAUAAUAACUAAUUCCUACAAAUUAAGACUAGGUAUAAUGGGGGUGCAAUUUAUUGUAAGAAUUGCAGGAUUGAUUAAUUCGAGAUGAAUCAAUUUUCUUACAUUAGUGCUUAAAAUGGAGGAGUCAUAUAUAUAGAUAACCCAAUUAGCUAAACAAUUGAAUUUAUAGAUAACUAGCUUAAUAACAUAUAGCCAGUUGAAAAAGGAGGAUUUAUAUUCAUCGAUGACACCUACUAAACAAGUGGGAAACUAAGAGUUGAGAUCAGAAGUAGGAAUUUAGACAUGAUAAAUUUUUAAUUAAUUGGUGGUACUUUGGGCUCUUUCUUAUAUUAUUAAUCUUCAAGAUCUCUUGAUUUUGUUCUUGAAAAUGUGCAAAUAUUAUGGAGCUAUGAAUAAACCUAAGUAGAGGGAUAUUUUUUAUACUCAGAUCAACAAAAAUAAACUGAACUUGAAUCAGAAGAAUUUCAACAGAUAGAUCAAAUUAAUUAAGACAUGAAUUUGAUUGUAAAAAUGCGAAAUGUCAAUUCUUAAGGAUUUGGUAUUGUUAGAUAAGGUGGAAUAGUUUUGGUAAAAAACGAAGUGGAUAAUUUUUACAUUGAUAUAAUAGACUCAAGCAUUGAUUCUAUGUAUACUACUAUGGAUGGGUGGUAAGAUAAUAUAAAUGGAACUGGAAUUUUCUGUCAUGCUCAUUAUUCUAUUCAUUUACUCAUAGACAAUUCUGAAUUUUCUAACUUUCGUAAUGAAUUAGGUUCUGGAGGAUUUAUGUAUCUAGAGGCACCAAUUACAAUCAUUUAACUUAAAUACUCAGAAUUUAUGCGGAUUGGAAGUUAAAAAGCAGGUGGUUUAGCUAUGAUAGUUUCAAAUUAAGAAAGUAGCAUCGAUGUUAAUAAUUGCUUUUUCGAAUAUUGUGGGAGAAAUUCUAUCGGUGGAGGAUUAUUUUAUGUAUAAGGGCCCACAGCUCAAUUGGUUGUUAAAAAUUAAACUGUAAUUAAUAAUAUAUUACAAGAGAAUGGAGGGCUAAUAUUCUUUGAUACUUAAAAUUCGAGCGUUAUUAUAGAUGAUUGUAUCUUUAAAGAUGUCUGCUUUUAUGAAGAAAAGGUUUCUUUAAUCUAUAUGUAAGGGCUAACAAAUUAUGUUUAAAUUUCAAACUUGACAUUUUCAAAUGAAUUAGAUGAAAGAGAUUCAUUAUUGUUUGGCUAAAUUUAUAUGGGAGGAACUUUGGAAAAUAUAGUAACAAUCAAGUAAUCAUAGUUUAUAAACAUAAGAGGAAUUAGUAAUGGAGGUUUACUGUACUUAAAUGCUAAAAACCAAAUGAUCUAAUUCGAUGGUCUUAGUGUUCUUAGUUCUGACAAUACUUAAUAUGGAGGAAUUAUAUAUUCACAUAGUACAACUACUAAUCUGACAUUUAAUUGUCGAAAUAGCACUUUCAGUCACAUUUAAGCUAUAUAAUUAGGUUCAUUCAUAUACUUAAAUGAGUCAGCCAAUCCAUAAAUAUUUAUAAAUAUAACUGAAACUAACUAUUCAAUAGUAGAUUUAUUGAAUCCAGAAGAAGAUUACGAUACUUACGCCCAAUCAACAAAUUAUGGGUUGAAAGAAUCUUAUGGAAUAUUGGUUGGAGGUUUAUUCUUUCUAUAAUAAGGUACUGGGUAGAUAUAUUCAGAAAAAAAUACAUUCAAAGGUAUUAUUACAACUUAACCAGUCUCUGUCUUUUACAUUCCUAAAUAUUUUACUUUAAUCGAUAAGUCAUCUCUCUACAUUUAAGUUGAGGGUUUAGCAGGAAUAUAUUAUUGUGAUAGCUGUUCAAUCACAUUGGAUUAGAUUAAAGUUGUUAGUAUGUAGGUGCGAAAUGCUUCUUUGAUGAUUGCCAUAAAUACAGCAGAUGUCCUUAUAAUGAAUUCAGUAUUUAAGUUUUGCUAUGCAUAUGAUUAUGCAGGGCUGAUAUUAGCAAAUGGAACAGGGAAUUAAAGAAUCAGAAUAAUAAACUCAUAUGUAGGGAGUAUUUUUGCAGAUAAUUUAGGAGGAAUGAUAUAUGCUGAAAAUAAGGAUAUUGAAAUUUUGUUGGAUAAUAACGAGUUCUACGAAAUCUAACCAUCAUUUAAUGGAGGCUUGAUAUACGUAGCACAAGCAAAGAUUGUAAAUAUCUCAAACAAUGUUAUUUCAUAUCUAACUGUAAGAACGGAAGGUCAAAUUAUUUAUAGUGAGUACUAGGGACUAAUUUUUCAUUUGGAAAAUAAUUCUAUGAGCAAUCCAGUUGUAGAAAAUUAUUACAAAUUUAUAUACAAAUACUUUAGAUAAAAUGGAGGGUUUUAUCCCUAUAGAGGUAGCUUGAUAUAUUUAAAAAAUGCAGAGUUAGUGAAAUCAGUGAAUAACACUUUCUUGAGUUAUACUAUCGCCAAAUAAGGGUCAAUUUUUUAGUUGCACGACUCUAAAUAAUUUUAUGAUGAAAAUUCAUUCUAUAUACUACUUGCAUCUGAUUAGGGAGGAGCAUUUUACUUAUAAAAUAUCUAAUUCAUUUCAUUUUUCAAUUCUACAUUCGAUAACAUUACUACUGUUACUGGGGGAUUGAUUUAUAGCAUUGAUAAUAAAAAUAUUAGUAUUUAAAACUGCAGCUUCAAGGAUAUUCUUGCUUUAUAAAAGUCAGGUUUUAUUUAUAUUGACAAUGUAAACAACUACCAUGAAACCUCAUACCUAUACAUAGAUGGGAACAAUCAAAAUGAAAUUACAAAUGUGAGAUCUGAGAAAGAAAAUGGAUUUAUAUAUCUCAAUGACCCCAACAUUAAUGUGAAAUUACAAAAUUUCAAAAUUACAAGUAUUAAAGCAGGAUUAAAUGGUGGGUUAUUUUAUAUAGAUAGAGCUAAAUCUGUAUUUAUUGAUAAUAUAGAGGUAAUUGAAAUUUAGUCACUAAGUAAAGGAGGUGUAAUGUAUUCUCUUGCUUAGAAUGUAGAUAUUGUUGUUUAGAAUAGCAUCUUCAAGCAAAGCCUAUUGAUUGGAUAUAAUAAGACUCUUAUCAGACAAGAAUUUGUUAGUACUGAUUUUGAUCCUAGAACUUGGAGUGGGGGAGCAUUUUAUUUAAAAGACACAAUAGUAGAGAUUAAAAUAAGGAAUAUUUCAGUAGAUAAUGUUUGUAAUACUUAUCAAGGAGGUGUCUAUUAUCUUGAAAAUGCACAACUCAAUGAUUAAGAUUCUAAUUACUACAGAAACUUUGGAUAUCAAGGAGGGUUCGCGUAUUGCUUAAAUUGUACUUUAAAAUUGACCAGAUUGAACUUUGAUAACUAAUCAGCUAUUUAUGGAGGAAUUGUUUUUUCUGAAGAUUAUUCUUAAGUUGAUUUCACUGAUUGUACCUUCUAAAAUUCAUACGUAUUAUAUGGAGGUGGUCUAUUGUAUGCAGAAUAUGGUUUAACUCUAGAAUACCCCUUAAUUACUUCUUAACUUAUAUUUAAUGGACUUACCAGCAUUAAUAACUUCAAUAGCGAUGAUUACUCAGCCGGGUUUCAUCUUUUAAAUCCGAAAUUUGAUAUCUUAAUGAAUUCUUCUGCAAUAACUCUGAGCGAUUUUUAUUCUAAUGGGUUCGGUAACGUAUUUUAUAUUGAGAGUGCUAAUUUGAUAGAAAUAGAUAAGAUAAUAGUGAGAAAUGUGACCAGUUAAGCAAGAUACGGAUCAUUCUUAUACUCAAUUUCGUCUGAUACCCAAAUAAUAAUUUAAAAUACAGAAAUCAAUUGUUAAAAUAGCCAGCAAAAUUAAAAUGAGUAGGAAUAUCUUGAAAAUAGCAAAGGAUAAAGAGGGGGUGCAAUAAGCAUUGAAAAUGGAAUGAUUCCUCUAAUUUCAAAAAACAAUGUCUUCUCUUAUUGCCAAAAUGCUUAUGAGGGAGGAGUUUUCAGACUAUCAAGAUCAGAGCUAUAGGACUUUAAUUCAACAUAUUCAAAUAACUCAGCAGCUUAGGGAGGAGCAAUAUACUGCUAUAGAUGUAGAUUAAACAUAACUGAGUCCAACUUCACUAACUUAUUGGCUUUAGAAGGUUCAGCAUUUUAUAUCAAAGAGUAUGAUCCCACUCUUUAGAGCACAUUUGGUUAGUAAUUAUGGUUUAAUUCAUCAAUGAGCUUGCAGUCAAAAGUUGACCUUAAUCAGAAUUGUGGAGGAACUAUUACAUUUGACGAAGAUGAAACAGAUAAAAAUGAAUUAUAACUGAGAAUCGCCAAUAUCAAAGCCUACAAUCUUUCAACUAACAUUGCAGGAGCAUUUGUGUGUAGUAAACAAUCCCUAUUGAAUCUAGAAAUUGAUGGUAUUUCAGUUCAUAAAACCCAAAGUGAGAUUAGUGGUGGAAUGUUUCUCAUGAAUUAGAUUUUCUCAAUCACAAUUAAGAACUCAAUAUUUAAAAAUUUUGAAGCUUUCACUCUUGGUUCUUUUAUGGCAGUAAUGUAUUAGGACUACACUGUUAAAUUAAUCAAUAAUACAUUCAUUUAAAAAUAUAAUGAACUAGAUGAAGAGUCUUAAAUACUGAUCUAAGUUCCAGUUGGUAUGUUUUAUCUUCCUUAUUCAAAGGUAGUGAUAAGUACUAAUAAUAAAUAUUAAAAGAUAGAACAAGCAAUAAAGUGUGGAGUAUUUCAACUAAUAUAUGGAAACUUUUAAGAAUUAGGAUCAGUCUAUGAAGACAUUACGGUUUAAAACCAAGGAGGUGCCAUCUGCUUGGAUUAAACUAGUGCUAAAAUAUUAAAUACAUUAUUCUAAAGAAUCACAGCAACUGAUGGAGGUGCACUAGUAAUUUUAAAUCAAAAUACUUUACUUGAAGUUUAUGAUUCUAAAUUUUCUGAAAUUUUGGUUAGUAAUUAAGGAGGAAUUGCUUAUUUCAGCAAAGAACAAUUUCUAUUACAACUUUAGAAACAGAUUUAGUUAUUUUAAAACUGUACAUUUGAAAAUAUAACCACUCUGAAAAGAGCAUCAGGGUUUUACUUCAAUGAUUUCAUAUUUGAAGCGGUGAGAAUAAUAUCCUGUAAAUUUAGUCGAAUGCAAGGUGAGCAAACUGGAAUAUUCGAUAUUAAUUAAGGUAGCGGUCAGAUCAUCAUAGAAAGAGAUUAAAAUAUAGGAGAAAGUAUUUUCCAGGAUUUUUUAGCCUAUGAUUUGAUAGAUGCAUCAUCAUCUCUAUAUUACUCAAAUUCUGAAUAUGUUUCACUUCAAUUGACUGACACACUUAUUUAGUGCAGCACAUUUUCUAGCAGCAGCUUGUUAGUAUCUCAAUUAAAGAGACUUGUAGGUGCAAUAAAAAUUGCUUCAUCUUAGCAGGGAAUAAAGUCUAUUAGAAAUAUUUUUAGAAAUUGCUUAAACGUAACUGAAGGAGCAAUCUUCUAUAUCUAAGAUUCUAUUUUAGUUGAAGAUAGUUCAGAUUUUUACAAUAAUAGUGCAGAUAAUGGGGGUAUCUUAGGUUGCACUGGAUGUAACGCAUAACUUUCUAAUUCAAAUCUACAUGAUAAUUUUGCAUAAGCAGGUGGAUUAUUUGUACUUUUCGAAUCUUAUGAUAUAGUCAUUACUGACGUAAUUAUGACAAAAAUAACAGCUACUAAAAAAGGUGGGGUCUUUUUUGUUAACUAGAUCUAAGAAUUUUCAAAUUGGAAAAAUAACAUCUUAAUUUAGAAUUGUCACAAUAUUGAUUUCAUUUCGGCCCAAGAAGGUGGAUUUCUAUAUUCAUAAAGCUUUGAUCUUAACUUGACCAUAAAUAAUUCAACUUUUCUGGACAUUCAUGCUAGCAGCAAUGGAGGUCUAUUUUCAAUAAAUAAAGGUUUUUCUUUUCAUUUGAAAGAUGUUUUUAUAGAUAGAGUAACAUCUUUAAAGUCUCAAUUAGUAACAUCUAUUGCACCACUUAAGAAUUUCUCUUUGGAAAAUUGUAACAUCAUCUGCGACAUUAAUUAUAAUGGAGACUCUAGUUAAGAAUUAGAUAGGAUAGAUCCCUAAUAUAGUAAAGUGGGGGUAUUCAAUUUCUUAAAUGCAGAAGGAAUUUACAUUUUUAAUUCAAAAUUUCAAAAGUGUGCCUCUCAGAAUGAAGGAGGGGUAUUUUAGUUAUCAAAAGUUACAUAUUUUUACGAUUUCCAAUCAAAAUACAUCCAAAAUUCAGCAAUAUUUGGUGGAGUAUUUCACAUUUCAUAAUCUGGUGUCUAUCUGCAUAAAUCAGAAUUUUAAGAUAACUAGGCUUUCAGAGGAGGAUGUAUACAAAUAGGUUAUGAUUCUUUUUUGCAGAUAAAUUCAGUUAAGUUUAGCAAUAACAAGGCUUAUUCAUAAGCUGGGGUCAUGUAUGUGCAAUCAAGGUCAUAUUUUCAUGCCUAAAAUUCAAUCUUUAGUAGUAACUUUGCAAAUGAUAGCUCAGUAAUCUUGGAUUCCAACUUUAGAGGUAAUGGUAACUUGAAUGUAAAAGGAUAUUCUAAUAGAGGCUCAUUUAUCUUUAUCAGCUUAGAUGUCAAACUCUAUAUCAAGAAUUCAUAUUUCACUAGAGGCUAUGCUAUCUAAGGUGGAGCAAUAUAUAUAUCUGGAGAUUCUCAAAUAGUUAUUGUCAAAAGCUCCUUUAUUGAAAAUCAAGCUUCCAAACUUGGAGGAGCAAUUUAUGCAGAAGGAUUUUCAGCUUUAAAUAUUACUGGUGAUUCAAAGAUUUUGAAUAACCUUGCAGGAAAUGCUGAUGAUAUUUACGUAGCAAAUUCAGAUGGAAUAUUUUCUCUUGACUAAGUAUUGUUUGAUAAUCCUGGGGCUAGAGGAUCUUUGAUUGUAAAUGAUGUCUAGGUAUAUUUUAAUAAUGUGAUUAUGAGAAAUAUUGGACUAAAAUAAGUUGAAAAAUAAUAAGGAGCUGGAGCUCUGAUGAUAAGUAUGAUUGAUCUCAGAAAAACUGGGGAUUUAGAGUUAACAGAUUAUCAUAUUAAGGAUUCAACAUUUAAAAAUAAUGAGGGAAUAGCUGGUGGUAGUCUUUAUCUUGAUAAUAUUUAUGGAAUGCUUAUUGAUAAUUCUACUUUCCUUUAAAAUAAAGCUGUUGUUACUAAUAAUGAAAACUUCAAAUUAACAAAUGGAUCAGGCGGAGCUAUCUAUUUUGAUUGCAAUUAGUAUACUCUUAAAUGUUAACUAACUAUAUCAAAUAAGUCUAAGUUUCAAGGUAAUAUUGCUUAGAUAUAAGGUGGUGUCCUUCAUUGGACUAAUAUUGAGCCGAUUGUCGAUAAGAGCGUGAUCUUUGAAAAGAAUUUCGCUUUUAUAUAUGGCAACAAUAUUUCAUGUUUUGCCUAAAAUUUGAUUAAGAUUGAUAAAAUUAAGUAUGAUACAAUCAAAAGAAUUUUCUCAUCUGAAUCUUAACUGAGAAUUCUUUAAUUAGUUGUUUCCUCAUAAGAAACCAUUGAAUAAUUGAGAGAAAAUCAGAAAUCCUUUGACACAAUGAGUAAUAUUCCCAAAUAAUAAUCUGGCGGUGAAAUAUAGCCAUUCUACUUGGCUUUAAUGGAUAAAUAUAAUUAAAUAGUAACUGCUGAUUCAACAAAUAAAAUUAGAUUAGUUAUUAAUGUCACAAAUUCUCAAAAUUAUAGGUAUCCUCCAAUUAUUGAAGGAGACUCAACCUUUUAUUUGUCAUAUGGAUUGGCAGAGAUUAAAGAUAUUGCAUUUGCUGGUACACCAGGGGCCAAUUAUAGUAUUUCGCUUUUGACUGAGGCUAUUGAUAAAACUAAAAAAUCUAAUUAACAAUAUAUGAUUUCACAAGCUAUUGACUAAAUUGAUUUUAAAUUAGAGAUAAGUCUAAGAGAAUGUGAAGUUGGUGAAUAAUUCACGUCUGGAGGUAAAUGUGUUUAAUGCCCAGAUGGUUUGAGUUUUUCUUUAAUUAAGAUGGAUGAACCAGGCAAUUGUUAAUCUUGUCCUACUGCUAAAGCUAUUUGCUAUGGAGGAACAAAUAUUGGUCCAAAAUUAGGUUAUUGGAGAAAAAAUAAUCAAACGUCAAAUUUUGUAAGAUGCUUAAAUUCCUAAUCGUGUUUGGGAAUGAUUCCACCUGAAAAUAAUCCAAUCGGCACAUGCUUAAAAGGUUAUUAAGGAGUUCUAUGCUAAGACUGCGAAUUCGGAUAUUCUAGGACAGAUAAUAAUUAUUGCUCAAAAUGUCCUGAACCUUAUCUUAAUAUUCUAAGGUUAUUUGCUGUCUUUUUGCUUGCAGUAAUGAUUGUAAAGGAAUUUUAUGACGGUGUAAGACCAGUAGCUUAAUCAUCAAACCAAAUAAUUUCAGUUGAUUGUUUCCUAGACAAGGAAUUUAAAGGUGCAAAUUUAGCUUAGGAUAGAGCAUUUUUCUAGAAAUUAGUCAUCUUAUCGGUAUCCCCUUUAAUGAUGGUACUACUAGUUGUAGCAUUCUGGAAAAUAUACUUUGCAGUGACUAAAAGAUCGAGUAGUCAAGAAACUGGCAAAAUUGUAGCAUCAACAAUAAUUUUACUAUUUUUAGCUCAUCCAAAUAUAGUCUAGUAUAUGUUCAACAACUUUAGAUGCUUAAACAUUGAUGGUGAUGACAGAGUGGAAAAUGAUUUAGAAGUAAUGUGCUGGUCUUAUUUCCACAAUUAUAUAAGCUAUUUCAUUGCAGCUCCAAGUAUUCUCGUCUGGGGUAUAGGUAUUCCAUUUUUUGCAUUGAUAAUUCUUGUCAAAUUUAAGUCUAAGCUUGAUUAGAAAUUUUUCAGAGAGAGGAACUACGGAGUAGUAGCUCAAGCUCUCAUAGUUCUAAUAUUCUACAUUAUAUUUUUACUAAUCACUACAAAGCUUCACCCAUUCAGCAAUCUAAAUCUUAACGAGCUUGAGUCACUUUCAUUGAUAACUUCAAUGCUUACUAUUUAUUGUGGUUUAUACUUUAUUACAGACAUUCCUGAGUAAUGGAUAAAAAAUGAACCAGAACUCAAGAAUUUCCUCAUUUUGACUACAGAGCUAAAAUUAUUCUUUUUCAGUGUCAUCAUAAUUGGAAACCUUGUAUUCUUCACACAUUGGAUACAGAAAAUGUUUGGAGAGCUCUAGUUUAAAUUAAUGAGCAAGCUUCCAAAAUUAUACAUAUUUCUCUGCAUGUGCAAUAAUUCCUAUAAAUUCAACCAGUAACUCAACUAACUUAGAAUCAAAGAUGAGAAUGAUAAUCUUCAUGAUGAAUUUGAUAGAACAUUGAGAUAAUUGAAAGAAAUAUAUAGUAACGGCAAACUUAUGCUUAAUUAAAAAUCUGUUGAGAAAUUGCAAGUUAUUCUUAACCCUGAUCAUCUGUUAAAACAACUAAGCAAGGCCAAGACAAUUGAUGAGUAAUAAGUUCAAAGCUCUCAGGUUUAAGUUCCAGAAAAGAAGUAACUUAGGAGACAGAGAUAGAGAAAUAUCAAUAGAAUUCUUAAUGAGACUUUUAUUGAAAAGAAUCUAAUUUCAAGUGAUAUUUCUUAAAAGGAUUCUAGCCCUAUCACUACAUCUUUCAAUGAGAGUAGUAGCUUCUAGAAACAGCAAAUGUAUAGUAGCUUGCAAAAGCUUCAUUAUCUUAGUACAGAUAAGUGUAAUGAAGAAUCUAAAACUUUUGACACUAGAAAUUUCUUGUAAAUUUCAAAGGAUUUAAAAGAUAUGAGAAUAGCAGAUUCAACACAUAAGUUAUUGGUUAAUUAGGAUCAAUCAAUCGAGUUUGAGUCAGAUCAAUGCGAAGUAAAAGACAUUGUUAAAGUUACUAAAAACCUUAAGAGAGUAAAUUAAUUUAAAACUUCUGAUAUCAAUGUAUUGCCCUAAAAUUAGAAGUUAAAAGCUCAAAGUAACACUGAUGUUAUCAAGUCUUAUGGAAUUGAAUUUCCAAUGAUGUAACUUAAUAUCCCAGAUAAACAGCAUGAGUCCCCGUUCAAAGGACAGGAAAAAAUGAUUUCGAAGUAUUAAGAAAAGAUCAAUAGGAUAUAAUUGAUAAGAGGCAGUCCUUAAAAGUAGGCUGAGAUAAUUUUAGCUAAUCAAUCAAUCUCUUAAAAAGGAUUUCAUCCCAAGCUGGAUGAUGAUCUUGGGAAUCUCAUAAUUCCUAAUUUUCAAAAAAUAUUAGAUGAAAGCGAUUAUACAGAAGAUGAAUCAGAGCGAGAUCAAAACAUAAUAAUUCUGCAUUAAAGCUUAAAAGAAAUGGCAAAUGAUUAGAAUAUAGUAAUCAAACCUCGAAAGCAAAGUACAAAGAAAAUUAAAGAAUCUUUUAAAAAGAAAAAUACAUCUAAUUAAUCUUUCCUGAGAGAAUUGUCUAUUUAUGAGUAAAGUAAGGACUCCUUCGAUACAUCAAGCUUAAGACUAAGAGAAAGCUAAACCUUAAAAUCUAAGAACUUACCCUUAGGUAAAAAAGUAACUCUUAAAUAGUAAGAUGAGUUGAUAGAAAUAACUAACAGUAUUGAAUACUAGAGCAAGAUGUAAUUAAGCGAGACAUAAACUUAAAAAAUGGCAUUAGAGGUCAGUAUAGCAAACCCAUAAAAUGAGUCGAACCAAUUAUUAAAUGAUUUAUUAGUCCAAGAUAUAGCUGAUGAAUAAUAGGCAUCAAAUUUAGAAUUAGAAAAGGUGGGAUUCUUUUAGCAGAACAAAUAUGGAACACUUAUUUUAUCGGAUAAUAGUGUGUCAUCUUUAAACUCAAUUGAUAUUGAGAAUCAAAUAAACAGCCAUUCUGUUAAAGAUAACAAUGAAGGUGAAGAAUUCUAGAAUAAAGAUUAAUAAUAAUAAGUAAAAUGA